CACAUGUUCCUCCCUUGAGAAGUAGAGGGUGAAGGAAGAGCAGCCACUCUGUUCUCUCUCCUUUUCUUCUCCCUUCGCCGCGCCUACCUGCCUGGUUCCUCCCGCAGCAUGUCCAAGAACCUCCACCCAACCAUGGACCCCACAAAAAUGGGGGUCGGACGGUCCAUUGCCGUGCUGACGUCAGGAGGAGACGCCCAAGGUAUGAACGCUGCUGUGAGAGCCACAGUCAGAGUUGGUCUUUACACUGGAGCUAAAGUCUACUUUGUUCAUGAGGGUUACCAGGGCCUGGUGGAUGGAGGGGAAAACAUUCGCCCCGCCACAUGGGAGAGUGUGUCCAUGAUGCUUCAGCUGGGAGGCACUGUUAUCGGCAGCGCCCGCUGCAAGGACUUCAGGACCAGGGAGGGUCGUAUGAAGGCAGCCCAGAACCUGGUGAAGCUGGGCAUCACCAACCUGUGUGUGAUCGGAGGUGAUGGCAGUCUGACUGGAGCCAACCAGUUCAGGACUGAGUGGAGCGGACUGCUGGUUGACCUGGUCCGAGCUGGUAAGAUCACAGAAGAAGAAGCCAAGAAAUCUUCCCACCUGAACAUUGUCGGCAUGGUCGGCUCCAUUGAUAAUGACUUCUGCGGCACAGACAUGACCAUCGGCACCGACUCUGCCCUGCACCGCAUCAUCGAGGUGGUCGACGCCAUCACCACAACAGCACAGAGCCACCAGAGGACGUUCAUCCUGGAGGUGAUGGGCAGACACUGUGGGUACCUGGCCCUGGUGACGGCUCUGGCCUGUGGUGCCGACUGGGUGUUUAUUCCAGAGAUGCCGCCAGAUGACGGCUGGGAGGACCACUUGUGCAGGAGACUGACAAACCAAAGGGCCCGAGGUUCUCGUCUGAAUGUGAUCAUUGUAGCUGAAGGUGCGAUGUCCAGAGAAGGCAAACCGAUCACGUCUGACCAGAUCAAAAAGCUGGUGACCGACAGGCUCGGCUUCGAUACUCGCACCACAGUUCUUGGACACGUGCAGAGAGGUGGCACGCCCUCCGCCUUCGACAGAAUCCUGGGCAGCAGGAUGGGUGUGGAGGCAGUGAUGGCACUGAUGGAGGCCACCCCAGACACUCCUGCCUGCGUGGUCAGCCUGUCCGGAAACCAGGCAGUCAGACUGCCGCUCAUGGAGUGUGUGCAAGUGACCAAAGAUGUGACCGCUGCCAUGGCUGAGGGCAGAUUUGAAGAUGCCAUCAAGCUCAGGGGAAAGAGUUUUGAGAACAACUGGAACACAUACAAACUGCUGGCUCACAUCAACCCCCCAGAUGUUAAGAGUAACAUCAAUGUGGCCAUCAUGAACAUUGGUGCUCCCUGUGCUGGUAUGAACGCAGCGGUCCGUGCAGCAGUCAGGAUGGGCAUCAUCCAGGGUCACACCAUGCUGGCUGUCCAUGACGGCUUUGACGGUCUGGCUCAAGGACAGAUUGAGCCCAUUACCUGGACUACAGUUAGUGGCUGGACUGGAAAGGGAGGUUCAGUGUUGGGCACCAAGAGAACUCUGCCAGCUAAAAUGUUGGAGGAAAUCAGCCAGAACAUCGCCAAGUUCAACAUCCAUGCCUUGGUGAUCAUUGGUGGAUUUGAGGCCUAUGUGGGAGGCCUGGAGCUGGUUCAGGCCAGAGAGAAAUAUGAGGAGAUGUGCAUUCCCAUGGUGGUGAUCCCUGCCACUGUCUCCAACAACGUCCCUGGCUCCGACUUCAGCAUCGGCGCUGACACUGCCCUCAACACCAUCACCUCUACCUGUGACAGGAUCAAGCAGUCUGCAGCAGGGACCAAGCGCCGAGUGUUCAUCGUUGAGACUAUGGGUGGAUACUGUGGCUACCUGGCCACCAUGGCCGGUCUGGCUGCCGGUGCCGACGCUGCUUACAUCUUUGAGGAAAAAUUCAAUAUUAAAGACCUGGAGGUGAAUGUAGGGCAUCUUCUGGAGAAGAUGAAGACAACAGUGAAGAGAGGUUUGAUUCUCAGGAAUGAAAAUUCAAACGCCAACUACACAACUGACUUCAUCUUCAACCUGUAUUCAGAGGAGGGCAAAGGCAUCUUCGACUGCCGUAAGAAUGUUCUGGGACACAUGCAGCAGGGUGGAACUCCAACACCCUUUGACAGAAACUUUGGCACAAAAAUGGGAGCAAAGUCUGUUCUGUGGCUGACUGAGAAACUCAAGGAAUGCUACAGACACGGUCGUAUCUUCGCCAACACACCAGACUCUGCCUGCGUGCUGGGCAUGAGAAAGAGGGCGCUCACCUUCCAGCCGCUCGCUGAACUGAAGGAAGACACUGAUUUUGAGCACCGCAUCCCAAAGACACAGUGGUGGCUGAAGAUAAGACCCAUCAUGAAGAUCCUGGCCAAGUACAACAUCAAACUAGACACAUCCGAACACGCCGACAUGGAGCAUGUGAUCAAGAAGAGGAGUCCUCUUGGGAAGUAGACUCAGUCUACAGGGACAGAGCAGAGCAGUUUUUCUGUUCUAUUACAAAGUGUUUUUUCUUGUCCAACUACCUGUCCUCAUGCCUUGGUUAAAGAGCUACUGUCUUACUCUUUGUUAUUGUGAAUGUGAUAAGUGCUUUCUUGUUGAAUUUAGUGUUUUGUGGUACUGCCAGCUCUCAAAAAUGUUCAGUGAAUCAAUUUUGCAGAAGAUGCAAGAUUUCAAGAAACAGAUUAAUCAAAAAAUAAAUAAAUAUAUAUAUAUA